UCACUAACAGCAGCAGAAAGGAAAACAAAGCAAUGAAAAGCAAGUCCUAUAAAAGCCAAAUCUAAAAACCAUAUGUGCCUCAAAACGCCGGUCCUUCCUCAGUCCACCAGAGACAUACAUAUGGAAUCUUCAACCCCACCAUCGCCGGAGCUCCCCCUCAACAACCUCAGAGCACUCAAAGUCCUCGGUAAGGGUGGCAUGGGCACUGUCUUCCUCGUCCACGACACCUUAUCCGAUCCCUCUGCCCAUUCCCCUUUCGCUCUCAAGGUCCUCGACAAAUCCUCCGUUGAUUCCCGCCACACUACCCUCGACGCCGACCGCCGUGCCCGCUGGGAAAUCCAGGUCCUCACUCGUUUGUCCCACCCCUUCCUCCCUUCCCUUCUCGGAACCAUCGAGUCUGACCAGCUUCUCGGUUGGGCUGUUCCUUAUUGCCCUGGUGGUGACCUUCACGUCCUCCUUCACCGCCAGAGUGAUCGGGUUUUCUCCCCCGCUGUCAUUCGCUUCUAUUUAGCAGAGAUCCUUUGCGCCCUCGACCAUCUUCACAGCAUUGGCAUCGCCUACCGCGAUUUGAAGCCCGAGAACGUCCUCAUUCAGCAGUCCGGCCACGUCACUCUUACCGACUUCGACCUCUCUCAUAAGCUCAAACCCAAAUCCAUCAGAACGGUGAUUUCCUCAACACCGGCUCAAGACAAUUUCCCCGAAAUUCGCCGGAAAAAUCGACGCAAUUUGACGCGAUGGUUCCCCACCGCACCGGAGAACAAGAAGGGGUUGAAGAAGGCGAAGUCGGCCCGAGUCAGCCCGGUGAGUCGCCGGAAACCGAGUUUCUCCAGUGGUGAGAAGUCUAACUCGUUUGUGGGCACGGAAGAGUACGUAUCACCGGAGGUAGUGCGCGGCGACGGUCACGAGUUUGCCGUUGAUUGGUGGGCCUUGGGAAUAUUAGCUUACGAGAUGUUGUACGGUACGACGCCGUUCAAAGGGAGUAACCGGAAGGAAACUUUUCGGAAUGUUCUGUUGAAAGCACCGGAAUUCAUCGGAAAGCGGACGGUACUAACGGAUUUGAUCGAGCGGUUACUGGAGAAGGAUCCCACAAGGCGGUUGGGUUACGUGCGAGGCGCGUGCGAGAUCAGGGAGCACGAGUUCUUCAGAGGGGUAAAGUGGGACCUACUGACAGAGUUGGUAAGGCCGCCGUUCAUUCCGCCGAGAGAGGACGGCGGCGACUUCACUGCCAGCGGUACGGACAUAACUGAUUACUUCCGUAGCCAGAAAUCGCCGCCCUCGUUCUCUGCAUCGCCGUCUUCUGAGUAUCAGAGGAAUAUCUCGUACGGAGAAUUUUGAGGCACGGAGGAAUUAGUUAGUUUUUUUUUUUUUUUUGUCUUUUUUUUUUCCUUUUUGGCACUCUAGUAAUAUUUGUGUACAUAGAUUUACCGUAGGACGUCAUUGAAAAAA